AUGUUCGAUAUGAGUACGUGGUGGACCAGCAGCCCAUAGGGAAGCGGCUGUUCAAGCAAUGGUGCAUGGCGAAGAGGUCACACUACCACCGUUGCCUGCAGUUCCUGGAGGCGACGGAACGGUACGAGGUGGAAACGGAUGAGCAACGUGUGGAAUUGGCGGAGACCAUCAAGAAGGAGUUCAUGACGGGCAGCAACGGCGAAGAAUGUCUUCGAUUCCCGGAGCUGGGAAUCGAACUGAGUGCUAGUGAUAAGUUGACCAACGGCCACAAGGACCUGUUCGCACCGUGCGUGCACACGGUGAAGGCCUGCUUAGCGGGGGAACCGUUCAAAGACUUCACCAAGUCGAUGUACUUCCAUCGGUAUCUUCAGUGGAAGUGGCUGGAGGCUCAACCUAUCACUUACAAGACUUUCCGGAUGUACAGGGUGCUCGGAAAGGGUGGUUUCGGCGAAGUUUGCGCUUGCCAGGUUCGAGCCACGGGCAAGAUGUACGCUUGUAAGAAGCUCGAGAAGAAGAGGAUCAAGAAGCGCAAAGGUGAGGCGAUGGUGCUUAUAGAGAAGCAGAUUCUUCAGAAGAUCAACUCGAGGUUCGUGGUUAAUUUGGCCUACGCUUACGAGACGAAGGACGCCCUUUGUUUGGUGCUGACCAUCAUGAACGGCGGAGAUCUCAAGUUUCACAUAUACAAUAUGGGCGGAGAUCCGGGAUUGGACAUGAAUCGGGCGAGGUUCUACGCGGCGGAGGUCGUCUGCGGCCUGGAUCAUCUGCAUCAACAGGGGAUCGUCUACAGAGACUGCAAACCGGAGAACAUCCUUCUGGACGACACGGGUCACGUUCGCAUCUCGGAUUUGGGUUUGGCCGUUGAAAUACCAGAAGGAGAGUCCGUGAGGGGAAGGGUCGGAACCGUCGGUUAUAUGGCUCCUGAAGUUAUCGACAAUGAAAAGUACACAUUCAGUCCGGACUGGUUCAGCUUCGGGUGUCUCCUUUACGAGAUGAUCGAGGGUCAAGCGCCGUUCAGGGCGCGCAAGGAGAAGGUGAAGCGCGAAGAGGUCGAUAGGAGGGUGAAGACGGAGCAGGAGAAGUACUCCAGCAAGUUCAGCGAGGAGGCAAAGUCUUUGUGCCAACAGUUACUAGCCAAAGUUCCUUCGCAGAGGCUCGGCGGAAAGGCGGGUCGUUACGGGGCCCAGCAGGUCAAGCAGCUGCACUUCUUCCAACCAAUACAUUGGAGGCGGCUGGAGGCUGGACUCAUCGACCCGCCCUUCAGUCCAGACCCGCACGCAGUGUACGCGAAAGACGUGUUAGAUAUCGAACAGUUCUCAACUGUGAAAGGUGUAAAUAUAGACGAGUCGGACUCCUCAUUCUAUAGUAAAUUCAACACGGGCUGUGUUUCGAUACCGUGGCAGACGGAGAUGAUCGAGACGGACUGCUUCAGGCAGCUGAAUGUGUUCAAUCCCAAUGGGACCCGAAGCCAAGAUCUGAUGCUCAACGCCGACAGCACACCGGAAUACAAAGGCUGCUUUCCAUUCCGACGAAAGAAGAAACAACCAGCAAGGAUGCGUGUGAUACCGAUAAAUCCGACGCUUCUGGAGAGCUGAUGCAUAGAGGACGAUUCGGAUCAGGAAUCAACGCAGCCCCCGUCUCCAUCACCUCAACAGCAGCGACGACAACAGGAUCACUCACAAUCAUUUCUCUUCGGAUGUUUUAUUUUAUGAACAAUCGCGCAUCGUGUCCAACAAAAAAA